UCCAGGCUUCACUGUGCUGUUCUCUGUGACCACAGCUUCUGGUCAUCUGCAUUUUAACGGCGAAGUGAGGAGGCUUUUAUUCUGAAGGGCCGGGGCCGGAAGUUGUGUGGAUUGAACGUUCCCGGACACUAGUGAGUGAGGGACGGUGUUACAGCAUAAACUGUCCCCCCUUACAAAGCGUCCGCCCAGCGACCGAGCCGGCGGAACACGGAGCGGAGGAAGUGACGGAUUCUGCGGUGGAGGAGGAUGCAGCGGGUGGCGGUGGUGGGGGGGGGGGCGGCGGGCCUCUGUGCAGCCAGGCACAUCCUGUCCCGCCCACAGCGCUUCGCCCCCCCGGUGGUGUUCGAGCUCAGCGACAGCAUCGGGGGCACCUGGCGCUACGAGGAGGGGGCGGACGCCAGCGGGGGGGCGGCUCACAGCAGCAUGUACCGAGACCUCCGGACCAACCUGCCCAAGGAGGUGAUGAUGUUCCCGGACUUCCCCUUCGACCAGCAGCUCAGCAGCUUCCUGCCUCACCAGCAGGUUCACUCCUACCUGGAGCGCUACUGCCAACGCCACGCCAUCGGGCCUCACAUCCGGUUCAACACGGUGGUGGAGGAGGUGAAGACGCCGGGGGGCGGGGCCACAUCCUGGGAAGUGACAUCACGUGACGCGCGGGGUCGUCAGGAGACGGAGAGCUUCGACUCUGUGUUCGUCUGCUCGGGACACUACUCCGACCCACACGUGCCCAGCGUCCCCGGGAUUCACCGCUUCAAAGGAGCCGUGCUCCACAGUCACGCGUACCGGUUCCCCGAGCCGUUCUCCGGUCGGACCGUCGUGGUCCUGGGAGCCAAAGCUUCAGGGUUGGACAUCUCCAUUGAACUGGCCAAGGCUGGUGCUCAGGUGAUUCUGAGUCACGGUCGUCCUCGUCUCACGUUCCCACUUCCUCCCGGGAUCGAACAGUCCCGCCCGGUGGCGUCGGUGGAGGACGACGGCAGCGUUCGCUUCCAGGACGGUUCUCUGCAGCGCGCCGACGUCCUGAUGUUCUGCACCGGCUACAACUUCAAGUAUCCGUUCCUGGAUGCGGAUCAGCUGGGUCUGAAGAUCCAGGACCACAUGGUGUCUCCCCUGUAUCGCUACCUGAUGCCUCCUGCCUUCCCCUCGCUCUUCUUCAUCGGCAUCUGCAAGAUCAUCUGCCCCUUCCCCCACUUCAACUGUCAGGUCCAGUUCGCUCUGGCCGUGUUGGACGGCUCCGCCCCUUUACCGUCUCGGGCUGAGAUGGAGGACCAGGUCCUACAGGAGCUGCAGGAGAAGCUGGAGCGUGGAGUCGAGCAGCGCCACCUGCUGGUCUUGGAACAGGACCAGUGGGAGUACUGCCGGAUGCUGGCUCACGCCGCCGGGUUCCCCCCCCUGCCCCCGGUGGUCCGCAGCCUGUACGAGGAGGUGUGGCGCCAGCGGCAGAUUCACCCUGAGAACUACCGGAGGCUCAACUACCGGCUGGUCAGCGCCACCUGCUGGGAGGUCACACCAGCCGGGGGGGAAAUCCCAAAUCCUCCAAACGAGAGAAACAGCUGAGCCUGAGGAACGUUAGAAAACUUCAAGUGAAACAGUUUUACGAGCGUUUCCGUGAAGUUUCUGAUUCCGUCUCUUGUCGAGUUGCAGAACCGAGCGGCGCCUUCUGGAACUUCACAUGAGCAGGAGGUGAAUCUCCCAUGAGCCUCAGCUGCUUCCUGCUCAUUAACAUGCUUACAUGAUGAACAUCAUUUUCUACAAGCUUAGCUAUUAGCUUUAUUAGCAUGUUAGCAUUUUACUUUCAGCCUGAGCAGAUUCUCACAUUGAUUUUAUUUUCCAGUAGUUCGAUCCCAUGAACAACGACCAGUAGAACCUGAAUCAACACUUAGAUGAUAAAUGAUCAGUUUUGUCUAAUUGUUCUGCAGCUCAUGAAUGUUGUUUCUGUUGAAGUCGUUAUUGAAUUGAUCAUGAAAUCAUUAGUAUUAAUAAAUCUGUUGAAUACAGCCUAUAAACGUUUAUAGAUGGAGCCUGAUGAGAACGUGGUGCCAAAGAAACACUCAUGAACAACUUUAUAAUAUUGUGUCAUCAUUGUGAAAUAUUUUUAAUAAAGUCAGGUGCAUAACAAACUGUUAAAUUAAAGAAACAGGUCAAAUAAAUAAAGACAGAUCAUUUGAAA